UGCGGGCUUCUCAUCGCAGUGGCCUCUCUCGUGGAGCUUGGACUCUAGGUAGCGCAUGCAGCCUUAGCAGUUGUGGCACAGGGCAUGCGGAAUCUUCUGGACGAGGGAUGGAACCCAUGUCCUCUGCAUUGGCAGGCGAACACUGGACCACCAGGGAAGCCCCUGAAAGGCUAUUGCCCAGAAGAAAAGAUGUUUGGUUUUCACAAGCCAAAGAUGUACCGAAGUAUAGAGGGCUGCUGUAUUUGCAGAGCUAAAUCCUCCAGUUCUCGAUUCACUGACAGUAAGCGCUAUGAAAAGGAUUUCCAGAGCUGCUUUGGGUUACAUGAGACUCGUUCAGGAGAUAUCUGUAAUGCCUGUGUCCUGCUUGUGAAAAGAUGGAAGAAAUUGCCAGCAGGAUCAAAAAAAAACUGGAAUCAUGUGGUAGAUGCAAGGGCAGGACCCAGUCUAAAGACUACACUGAAACCAAAGAAAGUGAAAACUCUAUCUGGAAACAGAAUAAAAAGUAACCAGAUCAGUAAACUGCAGAAGGAAUUUAAACGCCACAAUUCUGAUGCUCACAGUACGACCUCAAGUGCCUCUCCAGCUCAGUCUCCCUGUUACAGUAACCAGUCAGAUGAUGGCUCAGAUACAGAGAUGGCUUCUGGCUCCAACAGAACGCCAGUGUUUUCCUUUUUAGAUCUCACAUACUGGAAAAGGUAAAAUUGAACAUGUUCCCAUUCCUAUAUUUCAGCAACAUUACCUAGAAGAAACUUUCAGACAUGUGCACUGAUAUGUACAGCAUGUUUGUAAUAGCAAAAAUUGUCCCAUCAGAAGAAGAGUGGAUAGCCCUUUUCACCAUUCACCUAAAACUAUCACAACA